AUGGCCCUGGGAGAGGACCUUUUCCCCGAGGAGCUGGGCGUCCCGGUGUCGGGAGAGCAGCGGGGCCCUGAGCCUCUGCUGCCCCAUGGCCUGAACUCGGGGCAUUCUGGGAAGGGGUGCGCCGAGGAAGGUACUGCCAGUGACCCUAGGCCGGAGAUCUUGGGGGUCAACGAGCCUGUGCCAGGCCAUUUGCUUCCCCAUACGGUUUGGCUGGGGGGCGCGGUGCUUCACUUGGUAAACGUCUACGCUCUCCUGGCCGGGCCGAGGCAAGCGAGCUACUUUGGAGAAAUGUCUGCUCAUCUCGCCUCCAUUGACAAGAACCAAGAAGAUGCUCGCAGAGUUCUGUGGGAGAACCUGCUGCAGCUCGGCCCGGAGGACGUCAGAAGGCUUGACACUUCCGUCACCUCAGAGGAGCUGACCAGCGCCCUCGAUCGGCUCUCGAGGGGCAAGUCCCUGGGGCUGGACAGGCUGACUGUGGAGUUCUUUAGGGACAUCCUGGGGAGCGACUAUGCGCAGGGAUGUGUUUUGGGAGUGGGGGAGGGUGGAAGAUAUGCUGGUGUAUCGAUAAUUUCAGCCCUUCCUGAAUUUGUAAAGAUCGUUGAGGUUGGACCUAGGGAUGGCCUCCAGAAUGAGAAGGUGAUUGUACCAACAGAAGUAAAAAUCAAGUUGAUCAACCUUCUAUCAGAAACAGGAUUAUCUGUCAUUGAAGCCACCAGUUUUGUCCCUCCAAAAUGGAUGCCCCAGUUGGCAGAUCACACAGAAGUCAUGCAAGGAAUAAAGAAAUUCCCACAAGUACGUUAUCCUGUAUUAACACCAAAUCUCCAUGGCUUUCAUGACGCUAUUGCCGCAGGAGCAAAAGAAGUGGCCAUUUUUGGAGCAGCCUCUGAAACGUUCAGUCAGGUGAACACAAAUUGUUCCAUUGAGGAAAGUAUGCAACGGUUUGAGGAAGUUAUCAGCUCAGCGAAAAAUGGCAACAUUCCAGUUCGAGGGUAUGUUUCCUGCGCAAUAGGAUGUCCUUAUGAAGGAAGCAUUGCACCAGCUAAGGUUGUAGAGGUGGCUAAAAGAAUGUACAGUCUGGGCUGCUAUGAGAUUUCACUGGGAGACACAACUGGUGUCGGAACUCCGGGAAAUGUGAAGAAAAUGCUGGAAGCAGUGAUGAAAGAAAUCCCUAAAAGUGCCCUUGCCAUUCAUUGUCAUGACACAUAUGGCCAGGCUGUGGCUAAUGUCUUUGUAGCAUUACAGAUGGGAAUCAAUGUUGUGGAUUGCUCUGUGGCUGGACUUGGUGGUUGCCCUUAUGCUAAUGGAGCUUCUGGAAAUGUUUCAACAGAAGAUGUUGUGUACAUGCUGAGUGGCUUGGGUAUUCAGACGGGAAUAGAUUUAUGCAAGUUAAUGGAAGCUGGCCACUUUAUCUGUAACGCACUGAACAGGAAGACCAACUCGAAAGUAGCUCAGGCAUGUUACAAGCCAUGA